AUGGGUCGGGAAAUACUUGUAGUUCAUUUCGGACAAGCCGGUGUGCAAAUGGGCUCGGCUAUUUGGGAGUUAUUUUGUAUUGAACAUCGCAUUGCCGCUAACGGUGAAUUGAUCACAAUGAGCCCGGAAGAUGAAUUAUCAGCUUGGGAAAACCUUGGUUCUUUGUUCUACGAGGGACAAAAAACGUGGACCCCUCGAGCUGUGAUGGUCGAUCUGGAACCGACGGUAGUUGAUGAAAUACGUUGCGGUGCUUAUCGUCAGCUGUGGAAACCAAAUUGCCUGAUCACCGGGAAAGAGGACGCGGCAAACAAUUUCGGUCGGGGUAAUUGCACUGUAGGUAAGCAUAAAAUGGAAGAGACACUAGAAGCGAUUCGGAAAUUGGUGGAAGAUUCCAAUAAUUUGGCUGCAUUCGAACUAGUGCAUUCCCAUUCCGGUGGCACGGGGUCAGGGUUCACAACUUUGAUCACCGAUCAAUUGUGUGAUGAAUAUGGGAAAAAAUUCAAAUUUGGCACAUCCAUCUUCCCGUCGGCAAUGUAUUCCCAAUCGACCGUGGAUCCGUACAAUGCUAUCUUACAUGCACACUCAACAAUUGACACUUUGGAUUGUGACAUUCUUGUGGACAAUCAAACCCUGUUCGAUCGAUGCACGAAAAAUCUGAGUAUUACGCAACCAUCGUUCUCGGAAAUCAAUCGAUUACUUGCUCAAAUGCUCAGUUCUUUAUUUCUUUCGCAUCGUUUCAUUUAUCACGGUUCCCAACAUGCGGACACGACGGAACUGUUGACCAAUCUUAUCCCUUAUCCCCGUAUUCAUUUUCCCUCUUUAUUUUACGCACCUCUGGUUCCACGUAAUCAGCUGGAACACGAUGCUUUAACUGUACAAGAACUCACUCGGGCCGUGUUUGGAGAGGAGUCACAAACGAUCGAUUACCCGUGCAAGCGUAAUGCCUAUAUCUCGUGCGCUAUGCUCUAUCGUGGAGUCAGCAGUCCGAAGCAAGUGUAUGAUGCUUUACAAGUGGUCAAAAGCACCCCGAGUGUGGGUGCCACAUUUGUGGACUGGUGUCCAACCGGUUUCAAAGUUGGCCUGAACUCAUAUCCCCCUGUUUCGUUCACACAUUCACCACUGGCUCAAGCUCCACGAUCGGUGUGUAUGCUGGCCGGUAAUUUGGGUAUGCGUGAGGCAUGGCAUAGAAACAAUUUGAAAUUUGAUGUCCUGUUCAGUCGACGCUGUUUUGUACACUGGUUCAUCGGGGAAGGAAUUGAGGAGAGUGAAUUUAUCGAGGCCCGUGAUGAUAUGGCUUAUUUGGAACAGGACUAUACGGAACUGAUGUCCGAAACUGGACCACCACCGGAACCGGAUGUGCAACAGGAGACCAAUGAGAAUAAUCCGGUUCUGAAUGGGGUUGCACAUGAACUAGACGGUGUAAAUGCUAGACUAAGUGUGAAACAGGAAUUGCAAGAGUUGUCUUCCACGCAUAUACGUCAGUCGAACAACGCGAACGCGGUACAUGCGAACGAUUACUAUCGUGGCCCCGGAACACAACGCUACGUGUCGACAACGCACAGCGGUCGUGAUUCCCGGACUGCAUAUUCGAUUGAUUAUUACGACCGGCCGGAUUAUGGGCAUACAUCGAAUCGGUCCCGUGUCAAUCGUGUCACGGGCGAUGGCGCACCGGUGCGCUCGAAUCGAAUUGGAACAACAAACUAUGCGGAACGAUCGCAUUGGCCUGCACAAUCCUACGAUUCCGCUCUUUCGGAAGCAGCCUAUUCGCACAAUGAAAGGUCAUACUACGACGAUGGUAGCAUGAGUGCACGUGCUUCGAGCCAUGCACAACGUUCGAAUUUAUGGUCUCACAGAAACGACCGCAUGACCGCCAGUGAUCGACAUGCCUCAUCCGGUCCGGUAACAAGUGAGUCACAUAUGCAAACGAGUGAUGUAACACAACCGAACGGUCCACGUGAUUUGAACAUGAACUACCCCAAACAUUCCCAAGCGAGCAGCUCGUCGGCCUUUUUGCCGACCGAACCGAUAGAUAUGACUAUGUGUGAAUACAGUGGUUUACCUGUGCCGGAAAUAGAUGGACAACACUGGUCUUUUGUCCGUACAGUGAAUGAGAAACGAAGUCAACCGUCUACGGGAUACGGACAUGGCCAAGGCCAAAGCCAAGGACACUAUCGAUCGACCUCAAUGGUGGCUAAACGUCCGGUCUAUGAGGUAUCGGUUGCUUCAUCACCGGAACAGGAUCGAGCCGCAGCUAUGACCCCGGUCCUGUCCGCCUGGUCAGCAUCGGAAAAUGCAUCUACGCGUACUCCAGUAGCAAACUACUGA